AUGUCGCCCUACAACGGCGCCGACGCGACCUCGGUGACCUCGACCAGUCCCGCCUCUUCAGACUCCCAAGCGAAGCCCAAGAGGGCCAGAACCAGUAAACCAAAGGUCAAGACGGGAUGCAACAACUGCAAACAACGGCGCAUUAAGUGCGACGAAAAACGACCCUCUUGCUCGCAGUGUGUACGCUCGAAGAAGAUUUGCACCGGAUACCCACCUCCCAGCCGCAGCGCAAGACCUCAUGAGGUUCUCGCCAUUGCUCCAAAGCCUCUCCUGGCCGCCGCACAACACAAUGUUGCUCCCGCGCGAGCCUCCAUCGAUUUACCUCCCAGGAGAAUUCAAAAGAUCCAGCGACGAACAACCCCCCCGCAAACUCCGAGCGAUGGACCUUCAGUAAUAACCAUGUACCGUCCAGCAGGCAACUUGCAGCUUUCUACUCAGGAGGGUCUCUAUUUCCAGCUAUUCCGCACUCACACAGCAAACGAACUAUCCGGUUAUUUCGAUUCCGUCUUCUGGACGCAGACGGUCUUGCAGGAAUGUCACGCCGAAAACGCCAUCCGUCACGCCGUCGUCGCGCUUGGGGCUCUGUACAAGACCCUGGAACAAUCCCAUGAAUCCCCGCCAAGCUCGCCAUCCGAUGCAAUGAGCCCCAUGGAUGGCGCGUAUCGACAUUGGGAAGUAGCAAUCAAACAGUACUCGGAGGCCAUCAACGCACUCGUCAAGCUCCAUCGUGACCAGAAGUCGCAUCGAACCCUGCUCAUGGCAAGUGUGCUGCUGGCUUGCUUCGACUCCUUCGUCGGGGACCAUCGCCAAGCCAUUCGGCAAAUCCAGACCGGCCUCAGCCUGCUGGAGAAGCUGCGGGCCGAGCGAAGGAGGUCGUUUGCACUCCUCUCCGAGGAACCCGUCGAGGAAGAACUGGUCAAAAUGUUCACGAGGCUGGCCAUUCAAGCCAAGUCGUACGACAUGGCCUUCCACUUCCCCGAACCCUACGUAAUUCAGCUUACACCCCGAAAUCCUGAACUCCCCCAGUCUCCUCCCUCGGACGCCGGCAGCUCACCGUCAUCCAUGAGCUCGUCCUCGAUGCCGGAGCAAUUCUUCAACUUGAUGGAGGCUCGCAUCGCCUGGGACAAACUCCUCGAGAAGAUGCUUCGCUUCACCGAGACCCUGUUCACCUAUCAAAAAUCAACUGGCGCGAACGGGCCGAUGGGCAUUCUCCCCAAGUCAUUGAAACAGUAUGGCAUGAGCUUCAAAGGGCAAUUGGAUGGUUGGUCCGAAGCGUUCGAUUACCUCCUCGAAUCUCGCACAGCACCUGGCGUCAGUCAUCAAGAGAAGGCCGGCAUCGCUGUCCUCAAAAUGUUCCAGAUUAUGAGCCAGAUCCUGUUCCUCAUGACAUACAGUGACAGCGAAUCGCAGUUUGACGUCUUCCAGCCCCAUUUCAAGGCUAUUGUCGAUCUUGCUUCAGAAGUAGUGGGCGAUGAAGAGAGACGAGCGGCGGCCAAGAGAUGUCCCGACCCCACGCAGUGCACUCACCGUCACAAUCACACCCCUGAUAUCUUUGGUGGCCACGAGUACAACACAUUCCAUAUCAAGCCCAGCUUCAGCGCCGACCUGGGCAUCGUUCCCCCCUUAUUUGUGGUCGCCACCAAGUGUCGUCAUCCAGUCAUCCGGCGACAAGCCAUUCAGCUUUUGAGGAGCAGCGCGCGGCGGGAAGGCAUGUGGGACAGCGAGCUUACGGCACGCAUUGGGCAGUGGGUUGCAACGAUUGAGGAAGAAGAGCUUUUGUCUUCACCAUCCCCUGACGCGCGGGCCUCUCAAGCGAGCAGCAACGUCAGGCACGGAUCAGUAGACUUUGGCGAGGACAUUCCGCUGGGGCCUGGCGGCAAUGCCCGCUGGGAUGCUCGAAGGGAUAGUGUAUUUCCGGGGCUCAUCAAACCGAAGCGGUCCGUACCCGAGGAGAAGCGCGUCAUGGUUCGAGCGGUGGACUUUGAUCUGAGGGCUAGGUUCGCCAACCUACAGGUCGGCACUCGUGGCAUCAUUACCGGCAUGCCAGAUAUGCGAUCCCGCGUAACCCAUAUCACGUGGUAG